CCCUCCCCUUUUGCCCACCCAGUUUUGCAGUGCAUUGUGGAGAAUCGAGUCCAAGUUCUGCAAUAAUUCAAGCAACCAUUCGUCUUCAGCAAGAUGCCGACCGUCCACAAGUUACUGCUGGAGGAAGCUCUGCAGGACAGCCCGCAGACGCGCACGUUGCUCAGCGUGUUCGAAGAAGAUGCGAACACUCUCACCGACUACAGCAACCAGCUCUUGCAGUCUAUGCAAAGAGUGUUUGGGGCGCAGAAUGAAAUGGCCCUGGCCACUGAACAGCUCUCCAAACAGUUACUUGCAUAUGAGAAACAGAACUUCGCUCUUGGGAAGGGAGAUGAAGAGGUAAUCAGCACGCUUCAACAUUUCGCCAAAGCCAUGGAAGAGCUGAACUCCCUGCAUGGCGAUUUGGCCACUCAAAUGGCUGAUAGGAUGGUGUUUCCCAUGGUGCAGUUCAGAGAGAAAGACCUGACUGAAAUUAGCACGUUGAAAGAGAUAUUCGGGAUCGCCAGUGACGAGCACGAGGCUGCCAUGAUCAAAUACAGCCGAUUGCCCAAGAGGAGGGAGAAUGAGAAGCUGAAAGCGGAGAUGGUUAGUGAGGUGGCAUACUGUCGGAGGAAGCAGCACCAGGCCUCCAUGCAGUAUUACUGUGCUCUUAAUGCCUUACAGUACAGGAAGAGAGUAGCCAUGCUGGAGCCCAUGCUGGGAUACACACAAGCGCAGAUCUGCUUCUUUAAGAAAGGGAUUGAACUGGUUUCUAAGAAAAUGGACAGUUUCCUGGCUUCAGUGAGCAGCAUGUCUGAGAGCAUUCAGAAGCAGCUGGACACCGAGGCGGAGCUCAUGCGUAUGUCUCAGAGGGAGCUGUUGUCCGUGGACGACAUUGUCUACAUGCCAGACCACGAUCAGACACCGGUCAACCGCACGCUCAUUCAGAAAGCAGGCUACCUCAACAUACGCAAUAAGACGGGUCUGGUGAGCACUGCCUGGGAUCGGCUCUACUUCUUCACCCAGGGGGGGAACAUGAUGUGCCAGCCGCGUGGUGCUGUGGCUGGUGGCAUGGUGCUCGAUCUGGACAACAGCUCCGUCAUGGCGGUAGAGUGCGAGGACAGGCGCUACUGCUUUCAGAUCACGUCACCCAGCGGGAAAACAUCCAUGAUUCUUCAAGCCGAAAGCAAAAAGGAGUAUGAGGAGUGGAUCUGCACCAUUAACAACAUUUCCAGGCAGAUCUACCUGACGGACAACCCUGAGGCGGUGGCCAUCAGGCUCAACCAGACAGCCAUCCAGGCGGUCACUCCCAUCACCAGCUUUGAGAAGAGAGCAGAAGGCUCCCCGAACCCUGACAGGGCUAAGCCAGGUGCAGUGGUCACUGGCAGCACUAAGAAAGCUCCUGCUGUCCCUGAAGCUGAAGACCUGAUCGUCCCUGGGACGCCCAUCCAGUUCGAUAUCGUGCUUCCUGCAUCAGAGUUCCUGGACCAGAACAGAGCAGGGGGAAGACGCACGAACCCUUUUGGUGAGACCGAAGUGGACAGCUCUUCAAGUGCAGACGACUCCUUGCUGCAGCAGGUAUUUGCUGUGCGGUUCUUGGGCUCGAUGGCAGUAUGCUCUGGACACACACAGGAAGUUAUCUACGAGGCCAUGAGGCAGGUUCUCGCAGCUCGAGCGAUACACAACAUAUUUAAAACCAGCGAGUCGCACCUGAUGGUAACAAGCAGCUGCCUCCGGUUGAUUGAUCCUCAGACGCAGGUCACGAAAAUAAGUUUCCAGCUCAGGGACGUCACCCAGUUUGCGGCACAUAAGGAGAACAGCCGGCUAAUGGGCUUUGUGGUGGAGGGGAGAGACUGGAGCGAGGGAGAGGAGGAGGGAAAAGCAUCUUUCAGUGCCUUUGUGUUUGAGAGCAACACCGAGGGAGAGAAGAUUUGUUACACAAUAAACAUUGGGAAGGAGAUUACACAAGCUAAGGAGGACCCGGACGCUCUGGCCGAGCUGAUGAAGUCUGUGCCACUGACCAGUGAUGGGAAGUUCCUGCUGCUGGAGAGCGAGAGCGGAGAAGCUGCGAAUGGAGAAGGAGGAGACGAUCUGGAGUCUGAAGCCUGAUGUUUGGUCUCUUCCCAGGAUCCACGAUAAUUCAGUGUUUUGUGUUUGUUUUUUUGUUGUGACCCUGAUGAAGAUAUAGGGAGCUGAUCGUAGAUACACACUUUUUACCUACAAACUGGCUUUCGGGUAACGCUACAUUUCGGCUCUGAUGCUAAAGUUUGCUCUUUAUACGAAUAAUUCACUAACAGGGCUAAUGAGAAGCUGCUGAGGAAAUCACAAUAGUCUUUUUUUUCACAUCCAGUGUUGAUUUUAUGAAUGGACUCCUGCUGCUCUUCUGCACAUUGAGGGAGCGUGAAGAAAAAAAAACGAAAACGCUAUUUAAAAAGGUACUUAUUGAUAUUCGACACGCUCACACUUGCACUUUGUAGCCGUUAAGUUUAAUAUCUCGUUUUCUCCCAGCGUACACGCAGGAUUCCUCUGAAACCGGUCGCUCUGUGACCAGAUUUGGUCCGAUUUGAGUUUUGUAGCUUUGUAUUACAAUGUAUUAGGGAUUAGGAGCUUCCCGUGCUGCAUGUCGGGUUUUAAACGAUUGCACUAACCCUUCUGCAUAUUCAACAGUACUGUAAUCCGCACAGGAGCCCCUUUUUCCCGCCGCGUCAGAACCGUAAAGCUCCGACAAACUGCACCAGGAUCUUUUCCUCAGGUCGUUUUUUUGACUAAACAUCUUAUUUCGAUCGGACGGUCUGGUGCUGUGUUUACAAAAAAUAAAAAAAACCCCUGACGUUUAAAACUACAGUUUACAGAAAAGUCGACACUAAAAGAAUUCAUUGCUGAUUAGAUCUUUAGUAAAAUAUACCCGACGUUUUAUUCUUCUUCUCUGUAAAUGUAAGCAUUUUUCUCAUGUGGAAUCGUUCGUUGGUGAUUGGAUGAGCAGAUAAAGUCGUGACGAGACUUUAUUACAAACCCCUGGAGGUUAUUUAGCUGUCGGGUGACAUUUUCCUAAGAAAGGGCUUUUUUUUUCUGCACAUUUGUCUGCUUGCUCAGCGCUACUGAAAUGUGUGUGUGUUUGUACAGGGGAUACUUUUAAACCAUCUGCUGUGAUCUGAAUCACGGCUUCGCUUCACUUCGGUAUUGUAUAUAAAAAUACGCAUGUGAAUUCCCCCACACACACACAGUAAUUGGUAUAUGAAUGCUGGCGCAUCUAUACUUCUAGCGAUAGCUGUUAAGUGUAGGAUCAGCCGGAGGUCAGGGUUUGAGCUCGGGUUGUUUAUCAGUGUGAAUAUGAGACUGUAACGAUACCAAGUGCACAUAAAAGGUCUCGUAACGACUCACGUCUGUCUCGCUGCCGCAAGCUGCGAGAGUUUAACACAAAAAAAAGGCGUGUAGUAGCAGACUGCUCCUUAUAAUCACUUGUGUUAGCGAUCGAGCCACUGGCUAGAAGGCUUUGCACAUGGCUUUUCUUAAACAAAAUGUAAUAAAAUCUUUAAUAAAGCUUGAUAAGCGUU